AUGAGAAAUCAAGUUUUAGUUUCUCCAAAAAUGAGUAAUUUAGCUGUCAAUCUCUAAGAUUAUCCAAUUCCAGGUUAGUAUCCUCUUUACGUUGAGAAUCUUUUAGUGAAUAGAAACGGUGAUAAAAUAUCUUAAUUCACUCAUUGCUUUAAAUAAUUCAGAAGCGACUAUAGCCCUGUUUAUUAGAGAGUUUUAUAACAAAAUUAAUAUGCAGAUGUUUUGUCUAGAUCUAUUUAUUAUUCAUUAACAUCUUUAGAUAUUCGACCUUAUUCAUUUAUAUAAAUAUAUGAACAAGAGUGUUUUAUGUAUGGAUAUCCGUUUUAAUAUUCAGGUAGAAUUGAAGAUUCAGCUGCUUAUAAAAAUCCCCCUGAUUUAAUUAAUUACAUUUUAAAUGAAUUGAGAGAGUGUGAAACCUAUAGUCCUUUUUAUAAUUUUUAAUGCAUUCCCUGGUAUACAGUAGGAAGUAUAUUUGAUGGAAUGUAUAUUUCGUUUCCAGGAUUUAACGGUGAUAGUGAAUAUGUAAUUGGUCUUUGCCGCUUUUUUGAUAGCAGCAAUGAGGAAGAGGCUUUUAUGGACAGAUAAAUCUGUGAUGCAAUUAAACUAAAGGAUUUAAAUAAUUAUGUUACAAGUGUAACUUAUGGAUUAGAUUAUUUUUAUAUACUUGAUAGAUAACUCUAAUUAGUAGCUAUGCAUUCAAAUUUUAGCUUUGAUAAUGUAACUGUAAAUGAUGUUACAUGGGAUAGCUUAGAAUUAAGUUAAUUUACGUUAUAAGAAAAGACUGAUUUUUUAUCAGCACUACCAAAAAAAUUUUACUAAGGAGAAAAUGAUUAUGAUUUUUUUGAAUCUCACGACGGAAUAAGAAAGAAUAAUGACACAUACUUUGUAGGAGAAUAUACUUAGUAAGGAGUACCAUAUUUAUAUGUUGCCUACUAAAUAUUUCUUUUAGAUACUACACCUCAAGAUAAAAGUUUUAAUUACCAAGAGAGACUCUACAGCAAAAUAAAAACUUAUAAAUGCUAUUAUACAAUGUUUAAUGUCGUAAAUUAAGAUAGUCUGUUUUAAUAGCAAUACUAAUUAUAGUAGAAUAUUGACAAUGUCUAUUUCCUACUUUUAUUUAUUUAAAUAGCAUGUUCAUUAGUUAUAAUAAUGUACUCAGUAUACGUUUCUCUUAUAUUAGUAAAUUCAAUAAACUAAUCACUUGAAAUAUUAAUAUAUCUUUUAAAGACGUUUUCUCCUUAAGAGAACAUGGAUUUAACUACACUUUAAUCAAAUUUGGUCCCAUUUGAUUAGAUAAGUGACAUAUUUUGCUUUGAAAUAAAUUUGAUUUACGGAGCCUUUAAAAAUCUUAUGCAUGUUAUUACUUUCAGAAAUAAAACGACUUAGUUUUCAUAGAUAUCUGAUGGCUAAUCACUCUUGGAUUGGGUAUUUGCCUGUUAAUUCUUUGAAAAUAUUAUGGGAAAUCAUAGUUUUUUAGGUAUAAGCUAUAAUAAUUUAGGGAAUAUUCAUUUUAAUUCUCAUCGUUAUUUAGAGGCAUGCUAAUGCUAUAGUGUUAGUCUGAUACAUUUAAAUUAUGAGUUAAAUGAAUUGACUCAAAAUGGUGAAACUUAUUGCAGUCAAUUUUUUUAAAUAAAUGAUAAUAAAAUCGAAACUCCUAUAAGAAAAAGAAAAAAUUCCUCUAAGGAUUAUCAAAUUGUUAAUAAUCAAUAAGUAAAUAAUAACAGGUAAGGAAAAACACAUAGCACUGGAUCAAUUAUUUAGAUUGUAAAGAAAAAAAUAUCUUCUCUUCCAUUACGUCCUGAGCCAGAAUCUGUUGCAAACGAAGAUUAAGAUUUUUUUAAAUAAAACUAAAAAUUUUAAGACCUUUUGCAUUUAAAAUUUGAAAGAUAAUACUAAUACAUACGCUCUUAAAAAAUGUAUUUUCUUGCUCAAAGAGCAUAAACUAAUUUAUGGAAAGAAUAAAUAAAUUAGCUUAAAGAACUUUAUAUUUUGGAUUAAAUUCUAUAACCUUAACAGCACUCAAGGACAAUUAUGAUCCUCCUAGAGCUUAGUUUUUGUUAUUUAAUGAAAAAGAAAAUGGAAAAAUCUAAAGUUCUGAUCAGCCUUUGUUUGGCAUUAUUUACAUAAUUUUCAAAAAAAUGUUAAGAUGAAAACACAAAUAUCAGAUAAGUGUAGCACACUAAAGUAAAUUGGCUUGAUUAAGAUUAAAAAAAUAGUCAUAGAUUAGAUAAUUAAAAGCAGAGUAUUUUAUUAAACAAAUUUUCACCAGAUUACCCAGUGAAGAGGAAAAAAAAAAUGAAUAUAUUCGAAGAAUCUGAGCAAGAAUAUCUGAAAGUUUUAUAGUAAAUUUCUCCUGUCUUGUAAAAUCCACUUAUCAAAUAAGCGUUCGAUGAGAUAAGCAUUCAGUAAGAAACUAAUUCAAGAAAUCAAAGAAAACACUCUGAGAGAUUGAAUUAUAGUUCAUGUCCUUCUCCAUAACUUAACAAAGAGUAGACAGAUAUAAUCGUUUAUAAUAUUUAAGAGGCAGUAGAGCUCAUAGGAUUAAACAAGUUUAAUUUAAAUAAGUAAAGGAAUACCACAAUUUAUUCUGGUUAUAGAUAGACUUCUGAUACUUCUUCUAAGGAUCCAUAAGAAGCUUAUAGAUUUAAAAGCUAAUAAAGAAAUUCAAACUUUGGUGCAAAAGCAAAAUAAACAGAAGCUGGUUUGUGGGAUCAAAAUUAUCUUAUGCCAUAUGUUUAAUCUAGCAAAAAAAUUGAAAAUUAGAAAUUUAGAGGAAGAAGUUUUGUUAAAGCUAAUUAAAAUAUAAUAGAUAAAAAAGAUAUCUUCUCAAAUGAUGAUGAAAUUUAGACAUAUUAAAACUACAUGCAAACUAUUGAUGUCCAUGAGAUGCAGUCAGGAGAAUAAAUAAAUGCUCUAAAAUAUAAAUCUUAGGUUAAGUAGAACUAUGAUGUUAUUCAUCAAAGAAAAAGUUAAACAAUCAACAAUAAUUUCCUUACAGAGCCAGAAAAAUCAGUAACUUAGCGUACAAAAGAACCUUCAUAUAAUAAUUUUUAAUUACAAACAAACAGAUUAAACAUAAAAAUGAAUUCUGAUUAAAAAUUAUACAAAAAAAGCUAAUUAGAAAAAGACUUAAUUCCCUCUACUAGCAAGGAUGACUUCUAUGAUGUAGAGCAAUUUUAAAAAUAUUCAGAAAAUAUACUCAGAAAAAAUUCAUACAUUUAGACAAAAAACGAAAUUAAAAAUAAAUCUAACAACUAAGAAAGAUAGAUUUAGGAUGUAAGUUUUAUUGAAUAGGAAAUCAAAAAAUAUAAAGGGGACAUGUAUUCUCCUUACUUAGGUUCUUAACUUUCAAUGAUUAACAUUUAACAAAAUAUAAAUGAUAAAAGCUUUUAAAACAUUGAGCACCAUAAUUCUUUUAACAAGACAUUUCAUAUAGAUCAGCCCUAAUUUAAUCAAUAAAAAGAUUAUCCUAACGAUGUUGUAUUUUCAAAAAUUAUGUUAAGUUUAGCUAAUCUUUUUGAGAGCUAGGGGUAGCUUUUGAAAGCUGCAUAAAUUGCUACAAAUAGCUUGGAAAUGCCCACUUAGUAUUUUGCACUUUACAGAUAUGAAAGUUUGUAAUUAAUAAAUAGCUGUUUUUCUCAGCUUCAAAUGCAAUCCGAAGACUUAUCAAAAUAAAUAAAGAAAUUUAAUCCAAACCUCUUUCUUAGUCUAUCUAUUGUGAUUGAUUAUGGAAACAAUAAUGCCUCGAAUAAAGUUAGUAAAAUUUUAUAAGAGUUAUGUGAAAACUAAAUGAAAAAUCCAAAAGAUUCCUUUUAAAUUAUUUUAGCGAGAGAAUAUUGUGAAACAUUAGUCACUAAAAUUUAUAAAGAUUAAUAUUUAUCUCUUCAAUCUAGCAUUAAUAGCAUUUUUAAGUGCCUCCCAUAAAAAAUUAGUAGACUUUCAAAAGCUUCUUCUAAUAAUAGGGUAAAUUUGUUCAAACCUCUUACAAAGCUUCUGGCUGAAUAUUAAAUAUCAUCCUUGAUUAGGAAAAAUAUUUUUUCAAAAGAAUAAGAAGAAGACUCUUUUUAGACAUCUUAACUACUAUUUAACUAGAAGAUUUUUGAAAAAGAAGUAAAGUAAAAUGAAGAUAGUUUAAGUCAGUUUGAAACGAAAGUAAUUAUAAUAUUUUCAGAUAUGAAAUUCCCAAUAUAAAUCAUUUAUAAUUAAGAAAUUAACAAUAUAUUUUUAAGCAAUAAAAUACACCUUGUGAUAUUUGAUAUCAAUGGGCUUAGUUUGAUUAAUCCAGAGUUGUAUAAUUAAUAUAAUUUUUUAGAUUUUAUACAUAUCUUCUGUUAACCUUUCUAAUUAAUUAAUUUCUUUUGCAACUUAAGAGAGAAUUCUCACUAACUCGAGGAGCCAACUUAUGUGUAGGCUAUUUGA